CGCCGCCAACUACGCUUCAAACGACUGGAAAAAAGAUAUCAGCUUGGCCCGAGAGGCUCAGAUUGAUGCCUUUGCUCUCAACAUUGCCUAGAAGGAGCCCAAUAUCGCAUCCUCCCUGCCCACGGCCUUUUCGGCGGCCGCUGCCAUGGGAUUUGAUCUGUUCUUCUCCUUUGAUUAUGCUGGCAAUGGCGCAUGGCCCAAGGACGAGGUUGAUUCCUUGCUUGCCAAGUAUGCGGCUCAUUCAGCAUAUUUCAAGUAUAACGGCAAGUCCCUUGUCUCGACCUUCGAGGGUCCAGACAGCGCCGAUGACUGGAUCGACCUCAAGAAUGAUCACAACGUCUUUUUCAUUCCGGAUUGGUCAUUGGGGGCCAAAGAGGCCUUGAAAAGAGGCGGUGGCGUUGCCGACGGCUUAUUCAGCUGGGCAGCCUGGCCCUGGGGAGCUCAAGACAUGGACACUUACACCGACGCGUCAUAUUUGGAGUACCUGAACGGCAAGCCUUACAUGAUGCCCAUAUCACCUUGGUUCUUUACCAACCUUCCCGGCUACAACAAGAACUGGCUUUGGAGAGGUGACAGUCUCUGGUACGACCGCUGGGUGCAAGCAUCAUAUAACAAGACAAGCGCCGAUUUGAUUGACAAUACCCAGUUUGUGGAGAUCAUCUCAUGGAAUGACUACGGCGAGUCCCAUUACAUUGGUCCUCUUUACGACAAAGGCAUGGAGGCAUUCACCAUUGGCAAAGGCCCUAGCAACUUCGCCAAAGAUAUGCCGCACGACGGAUGGCGCCUCUUUCUGCCGUAUGUGAUCAGCCUUUUCGUCAGUGGGAGAUGUCGUUUGGCGCUGCGAAGAACAAGUACCUUGAUAAUUUGAUGCCGGUGAUGGGAGCGCCCUUUGGGCCGCUGUUUGAGCUUGAGUGUGGGCCAUGGCGAUGAGAAUGGGGAGG